UUUUUUUUUAACAUUGUGAUGAAACCAAACGAUUCAACACCUUAUGGUUCAAUGAUGAAUGAUCAAUAUGAUGAUCAACAACGUUAUCAUCCUCCGUGUCAUCAUCAUCCAUAUCAUUUACCUUUAUUAAUCAAUGAGAAAAUGUCCUCUUUUCAAAGGCACCAGAAAAAGAAACAACACAUGUUGAUGACUGCUUGGGCUUUUGUUGUCAUGGUAGCAUCUUAUUUUGUUUUGACUCAUUCUCCGACUCCAUCCUCGGUAUUCUUAUCUAGUAGUACAAUAAAAUCUUUGGAUAAUCCUGAAGAAUGGAUAAAAGAACUUCCUUCAUCUGAUUCUAUUAAAAAUUUUGUUCAUUCUUAUGCAUCCAACGUUCAUCUCGCGGGUUCUGAAAAGGAUCGACAAUUGGCUGAAUGGACAUUAGAAAAAUGGAUGGAAUUUGGUAUUUCCAGUGCUUCUAUUGAAACUUAUUGGCCUCUUUUAAAUCUUCCCAUAUCAAGAAAACUAUCUCUUCUUUCAUCUGAAAAGGUCUCUUUAUUUGAUGCUACUUUGGAUGAAAAAGGAGAUGCAAAUCCUACUUUUCAUGGCUACUCUGGUGAUGGUAAUGUCACUGCACCUGUUACAUAUGUCAACUAUGGUACACUGGAAGACUUUCAAUUGCUUCAUGACAAUAACAUCACUGUGAAUGGCACAAUUGCUUUGGUUCGUUCUGGUUUUAUUCCUCAUGGUCUUAAAGUACGUGCUGCUCAACACUUUGGCUGUCUUGGUGUAUUGGUUUAUACUGAUCCUUCUGACCAACCAUCUGAUGGUGAUACAUUUCCAAAUGGUCCAUGGCGAUCAUCAUCCUCUGUUGAACGAGAUACUGUUCUCUAUUCUUCUUUAUUAGUGGGUGAUCCUUCAACUCCUGGUUAUGCUUCCGUUGAAAACGCCACUCAUCUUCUAUUGAAUGAAACCAACACUGUCCCUCAUAUUCCUUCGUUACCUAUCUCUUGGGAUGAUGCUACCCCUUUUUUGAAAGCUACUGAACCUUUUGGAAUAAAAGUCCCUGAAUGGAAAGGUAGUAUUCCUAAUGUUGAUUAUUGUUCUGGUCCUAGUCAACUUUUAGUUCAUAUGGUCAAUAUCAACGAAUACAAGCCAACUCCUGUAUGGAAUGUGAUUGGUCGGAUUGAUGGUACUGAAGAACCUGAUCGUGUUAUUCUUCUGGGAAAUCAUCGUGAUGCUUGGAGUUAUGGUGCUGCUGAUCCAUCUUCUGGUGCUGCUUCUUUGCUUGAAACUGUUCGUGUCUUUGGUGUUUUAUUGAAAAAUGGUUGGCGUCCUCGUCGUACUAUUAUGUUUGCUUCUUGGGAUGCUGGAGCGUAUGGUUCUAUUGGCUCAACUGAAUGGGUAGAACAUCAUAAAGAAUGGUUGGAUGAUGUGGCAGUUGCGUAUAUUGAUGUUGGUAUGGCAGUCUCUGGUACGAAGUUCACAGCGCAAUCAUCACCUUUACUUCAUCGUUUGUUAUAUGAUGUGACAAGUUCCGUGGUGGAUCCAAAAACAAGCCUAUCUGUACUCGAAGCAUGGUCUCUCUCUUCUAAUACAUCUUAUCUUCAUGAUGAAAAUACUUUGACAAUGAAGAAAAAGGAGAAUGAAUUUUCUUUAAUUGAACCUUUAGAUGCUGAAUCUGAUUAUGCCGCUUUCUUCCAUCAUAUUGGUAUUAGUAGUAUGAGUAUUGGUUUCCGUGGUGAUUAUGAUGUUCGACAUAGUCAUGAAGACAGUAUUGAAUGGAUGGAAAAGUUUGGAGAUCCUACUUAUGAAUAUCAUCAAACACUUGUCAAGAUUUGGGGUCUUUUGGCUUUACGAUUGUCUGAUGAUAUUAUUUUACCUAUGUAUCCUGUGGACUAUGUUCAUCAAUUGGAAAAACAUAUCUCUCUAUUAGAAAGUCUCUAUCAUCACGACAAUGAUGAUGAUUUACCUGAUGACGAUGAUGAUGAUGAUGAUGAUGAUGAUAAUGAUGGUGAUCAAAUACCUUGCGAACCUCCUGUAAUGAUUAAGAAGAAACAUAAAAACAAGAAGAAAGAAAAACAAGAUAUAUUCCUACCAAAGUUAGUGACGGCUUUACAUGAUUUGAAGCAUACCAGCAAGAAAUUUGAACACAAGUCAGCCAAGGUGAUGAAGAAAUUGGGUCAAGUCAGGAUCUCAUCCAAGGUGGGACGCAAGAUUGAAAAGUUAAAUGCACGUAUGUCUCAAUUUGAAAGAGUAUUUAUCAAUUUGGAUGGAUUUGCUGGUCGAUCAUGGUACCGACAUAUGGUAUAUGCUCCUGGAGAAUGGACUGGAUAUCAAACGAUGGUUCUUCCUUCUUUGAUCGCGGCGUUUGAAUCACAAGAAGAACAAGAUGUUGAAAAAGCAGAAGAACAUUUGGCCAAUACUCUUGUUAUUGCUCGUCGAUUAUUGAAAGGACGUUAUGAAAAUGAUGAUUUGAUGGAUACUGAAUAGUUUAUUGAUUUGAAAUAAAAUAAGUGUUUGAUCAAAUUUUGUUAUCCUUUGUAGGAAGAA